AUGUAUGUGUGUACAUGAAAGCUGUGGCACACGGAGCCAGACAGGAGCUGGCAUGUUAGAGAGUGGAGCAAACCAUCCAAGUAAUGAACAGAGGGGGAUUGCAACACACGCAGCGCCCAAAACGCUCCAAUGAGUUCCAGCUGUAUGAAUUUCUGUGGGACUCCGACGUGGGCUCAGGAAGAGAAAAGAGCACGAUAAGAACCAACCCCGGCAGCUUUCACCGAGCGCACGAACACCGCUGAAAAGACGUACGCCGGCGGUUGUACCCUUUCAUGUUUCCCAGCACAUGUGGGAAUUCGGCCGACAACCAUAUGUAGUUUUGUGGCUGCCGGAGCAGCGGAGAUGUGGCAGUGAAGUUUGUCUCGGCUACAAUAACUCUUCCCCACUUCAGUGAAUCUUCAGCGGACAUUUCGUUUGGAUUUGUGGCUGCUGGAGGCAACUUCCUUCGUGGUGUAUCCAGUGGAGGACUUCCAGCGCUGCAGUGAGUGUUAUGACACAUGCAGAGUUGCCCUGCCUCUUGCGAGCUUAUGAUGAAGAGGAUUUGCUUGUGAACAUCUUCCAUUACAGUUCAAUGGUCUGACUUGUAAUGUGGAAGAUCCCUGGGGCACCUGGGAAAACCAUCUGACAGCCUGCUUGGCGUGAUGAGCAAGUUCACCUUUCAGAACAACAAAGUAAUGCAGGACCGCCGGAGCGUUUGUGUCUUCCUUCCGAACGAUGAAGCUCUCAACAUUAUUGUGAACGUUAAAGCAUUAUGCCAAGAAUUAUUCGUUCAAGUGUGCGACCUUCUAAGGCUGAAAGACUGUCAUCUUUUUGGGCUCAGUGUCAUACAAAAUAAUGAACACGUUUAUAUGGAGCUGAUGCAGAAACUCUACAAAUAUUGUCCAAAGGAAUGGAAGAAGGAAGUAAGCAAAGGCAUUGACCAGUUUGGUCCACCAAUGAUUAUUCACUUCAGGGUACAGUACUACGUGGAGAAUGGGAGAUUAAUUGGUGACAGAACAGCGAGAUAUUAUUAUUACUGGCAUUUACGGAAACAGGUUCUUCAAUCCCAGUGCAUACUGCAUGAAGAGGCCUACUUUUUACUUGCUGCUUACGCAUUACAAGCAGACCUUGGCAACUACAAAAGGCACAAACAUUAUGGAAAAUACUUUGAGCCAGAAGCUUACUUUCCUCCUUGGGUGGUUACCAAGCGAGGCAAGGAGUAUAUUUUGAAACACAUUCCAAAUAUGCACAAGGACCAGUAUGCACUUACAGCCUCAGAAGCACAUCUCAAAUACGUCAAAGAGGCUGUCCAGCUGGAUGAUGUGGCUGUUCAUUAUUACAGACUGUAUAAGGAUAAAAGAGAGAUUGAGGCCUCACUGAUGCUGGGCUUGACUCUUCAAGGACUUCAGAUAUUUCAGGUUGUGGGUGAAUCUAAACAGUUGUUGUAUGAUUUUCCUUGGACCAAUGUUGGCAAGCUUGUAUUUGUGGGGAAGAAAUUUGAGAUCCUGCCAGAUGGUUUGCCUUCUGCUAGAAAACUCAUUUACUACACUGGCUGUCCCAUGCGUUCCAGGCAUCUGCUUCAGCUCCUCAGUAACAGCCAUCGUCUCUACAUGAACCUGCAGCCUGUCCUACGACAGGUCCGGAAACUGGAAGAGAAUGAAGAAAAGAAGCAGUACAGAGAAUCUUACAUCAGUGACACCAUGGAAAUGGAUAUUGAACAUCUGGAGAAGCGAUCGAGAGCCAGUGGCAGCAGUGCAGGCAGCAUGAAACAUAAACGUCUUUCCAGGCACUCUACAGCCAGCCACGGCAGUUCUCACACUUCGGGCAUUGAGGCGGACACCAAACACAGGGACCUUGGACCAGAGGACAGUUUCAGUGGACACAUCCUUCAUCGGAAACUCAAGUCCUGCAACUCAAUGACCAGCCAUGGCAGCUCACACACCUCGGGCGUUGAGAGUGGUGGGAAAGACAGAAUAGAGGAUGACUCACAGGAUGAUGAAAUAGAAAUGCUGGUGGAUGAUCCCAAGGACUUGGAGCAGAUGAAUGAACUGGCUCCAGACGUCAGUGCCGACAUGUGUAUUCACAUCACGGAAGAGAUGCUGAUGUCACGGCAGUUGAAUGGACAUUCAGGAUUGAUUGUGCGUGAGCUGAGUUGUUCAACAUCAAGUUCUUCAGAAACAGUGGUGCGACUUUAUGGUCAAAGCAUAGAUUCAUUACCACAGCCCGUGUGCAGAAAACCAAAGAGCUCCUCAGACCGGCACAGUCAGAGCCUGGAUGACAUCCGCCUUUACCAGAAGGAUUUUAUGGAGAUAACCACCCUUAGCCAAGACGCUGCUCAGAGCUACACAUUUGGUUGCGCUCAUAAUCUGAGUGAGGAAGGUAAUUGCUGUAACCGCUGCUUGGCAGAGCAGUACAGUUCAACAAAAGACCCAUUCAUAGUCAAACGAACAAGCAAAUAUUCAUCUCUGGACCUCACAGCGGAUGACUCUGUUCCUGAAUUUGUAGUCUGAGCAUUAAGAUUUAACUAUGCAUUGGUGAAAUGUACGGUAUGCCUGGCUGCCUACUGCGUUCACAAUGACCUUUCAAAGCCAUUACCUGACACUUCUAUCAAGCAGCAAAUCUUUUUUUUAUUUCAGCUUGCCAAUAAACAAUUUACACUCUGCAGUUCUUCCAUGUUUUGGACAAAAACAGCUGACAAAGUAAUGGAUGUCAAGAAACCAAAGAAAAUGUUCAUUCGGAAUCUAAGAUGUAUAUUUUUGCAAGUCUGAGAAAGAACUUUCGGGUAAAGCAAGCCUACGGGAAUUCUUUGCACACUUACUUUUCUGUGGAGAAUCAAAUCCAUUGUGUUCAGUAUUACACAGACAGAUCUUUCUACAGAUAUUUUUAACCAAGCAGAAUAGUUUAAAUGUUACAAUUUAGUGGAACCUUAGUGUUCUUACCACAUGUGUUAGAGGCUUCAUUUUAUGUUGUUGAUCAACUUCAAAGUGUCCCAUUGAAUGCGUAGACAUGACCUUGGUACUGUGAACCUUACUGUGUCGUGAUCCUGUACCUUUGCUCAUUUGUCGGUUGUGUAUGUAUGCAGUGACAAUCAGAAUUGUCUGUCCACUGACUCCCACUAUCGUCAAUAAUACAAGAUGUAUAAUAGAAUAUUGCAGAUGCUGUGGGGAUUUAUUUGACUUGGGAUUGGUGGCGGGGUUGAAUUUCACUCCAAUUAGUUGGUUAAUUCCAGUUAAUGGAAAGAUAACCUAUGUAAACGUGGUGGCAGGUGACCAGAGACAGUGCAAGUUUUGAAGCAGAGAGGAUUUGUGUAUUAACAAAAGUAAAGCUGCUGGGAAGCGUGGAUAAGCCUCACUAAGUAUCAGUGUACCAAGGAAUGGAUUCAUAUAUCAAAGAGUUUUGAAUGCAAAAGGGUUGAAUCACAUAUAUGUUAUUUUUGUUUUAAUAUAGUUAUGCAAUAAACCAGGAUAGAUUUGUC